AUGAACCUAUUGGAGCGCGCGGUCUCCUCGAAGGUGGAGGCUGAUGUUUGCACCCUCACAGCCGCACUGAGCAAUUUCAACUGGGAGGUGACUGCCUGGACACGUGCCUUAUCCCUUUACCAUCAGAGUGUUUCAACUGCUCUCCAAGCCGAUGUGGUGUUGUGUUGCGCGGCUAUGAGUACAUGUCGGGAUCCUUGGCACUGGAGCUUGCAGUGCUUCGGCCUGCUGCGGCGGCAGCACCUGCAGACUAAUGCAGUCGCAUCCGCCACAGCGGCGAAGGCGUUCGAGCUCAGUACUCACUGGGCUCCCGCUUUAGCGCUGCUUUCAUCGCUCGCAAGAGACGGCUGUCGGCCCUGUGCUGCAGCAGGCCUUGCCGCCUGCGGUGCUUGUGGCCAAGUCUCCUCUUGGGAACGCAGCCUCCACAUUUCUCUCUCUGGAGCUCCGGCACGGGUCGCUUCCUGUGCUCGAGGAACUGCCUGGUGCUUGGCAUUGUUCGUGGCGGCAGUCCCGGAACGUCGGCGCGAGGUGGCACGAGUCAGCCUCAAUGCUGCGAUGAGCGCUUUGGGAAGGAUUGAGCUCUGGCAGACCGUCGCGGGGAUGCUGUCCCAGAUGUCGCGCCGGCAGAUCGUCCCCGACAUCAUCUCGCACAACUCCGUCAUCUCCGCCAUGCUGCAUUCUUGGGAAGACGCUUUGGCGAUCCUUCAGCUUCUAGGUGGCUGUGGAGGCUUGGUGAGCUUCAAUGCAGCCUUGCGCAGCAUGGCACGUGCAGCCCAGUGGCCGCUUGCUUUGCAGCUGAUGCUAGCGAUGAGGCGACGAGCAAGGGCAAUCGCAGGCAUCACCUGGAACUCGGUCUUGUCAGCUUGCGAGAACGACGGACAAUGGCCUGUUGCACUACUGCUUCUGCACGGGAUGCCCCAGCUCAGAGUGCUGCUUGAUCUCUUCGGCCGCAACAGUGCGAUCAGUGCUUCUGAGAAAGGCUCACAAUGGGCGGUCGCUCUGCGUCUUUUGCAAGCUUCUGACCACGGGGUUGAGGCUGAUGUCCUCAGCUUUGGUUCGGUGGUGGCGGCGUGUAGGACACCCGAUCUGUGGCACGUUGCCGCCAGUACAUGUCACCAGAUGCGAGCAGUACAGGUGCGAACUGAUGUAGUGGCUUGCAGCAAGCUGCGGAGGUCUGUGCAAACAGCGAGGCUAUGCAAGAGCAGGACUUACCCUACAAUGCAGCAGUGUGGGCUUUUGCGCAGGGCGAAAGGCGUGCACAGCAGCUUUCGUAGCGGGAAGAACGAUGAGAAGUCGUACCCAGCUUGCUUACCCGAUGUCGGCGACUACACCCUGGUUCCAUGCAGAGCUCGGCGCAUCUGCGAGGUCUCUAUGGUGGUUCUUGUAAAGACGACGAGUCAAGUCGUCCGCCCACAGGAGUUCAAGGAGCUGGCUGUGGCUGCGUGUCAGGUGGCCGGCCACCACACGCUAGAGGAGUACAAUGCCAUGAACCGAGCAGAGCUUUGCGAUGGCAUUACGGCGUAA